GGGCUGCGGCCGGGGACUAGGCUGGGUUGUGCACCGCUGACCGAGAGGAGCGGGCUCCUCUCGGCGCCGUCUUCUGCGACCUGGCAGUCAGCACCACGUCGCCGGCCUGGAGGGUAGAAGAGGACGAGGAGGCCAAGGCUUCCUCCGGGGACGUUGGCUCUCCAGAUUACCCGGGGUUUGCAGUUGACAUUGAAUCCACCCUAAGGAUGGAAGGUGUAGAACUUAAAGAAGAAUGGCAAGAUGAAGAUUUUCCCAUACCUUUACCAGAAGAUGAUAGCAUUGAGGCAGAUGUGCUGGAUGUAGCUGGACCAGAGAGCCGGCCUGGCUCACUGGAAGUUAAUGGAAAUAAAGUAAGAAAGAAAUUAAUGGCUCCAGACAUUAGCCUGACACUGGAUCCUAGUGAUGGUUCUGUGUUGUCAGAUGACCUGGAUGAAAGUGGGGAGAUUGAUCUAGAUGGCUUAGAUACACCGUCAGAGAACAGUAAUGAGUUUGAGUGGGAAGAUGACCUUCCAAAACCCAAAACUACUGAAGUCAUUAGGAAAGGCUCGAUUGCUGAAUACACAGCAGCAGAGGAGAAAGAAGACGGACGGCGCUGGCGUAUGUUCCGGAUCGGGGAACAGGACCACAGGGUUGAUAUGAAGGCCAUCGAGCCCUAUAAAAAAGUUAUCAGCCACGGAGGAUAUUAUGGGGAUGGACUGAAUGCCAUUGUUGUGUUUGCUGUCUGUUUUAUGCCUGAGAGUGGUCAACCUAACUAUAGGUAUCUGAUGGACAAUCUCUUCAAAUAUGUUAUUGGCACUUUGGAGCUGUUAGUAGCAGAAAACUAUAUGAUAGUUUAUUUAAAUGGUGCAACAACACGAAGGAAAAUGCCCAGUCUGGGAUGGCUCAGGAAAUGCUAUCAACAGAUUGAUAGAAGGUUACGAAAAAACCUGAAGUCUCUAAUCAUUGUGCAUCCAUCUUGGUUUAUUAGAACACUUUUGGCUGUUACAAGACCAUUUAUUAGCUCAAAAUUCAGCCAGAAAAUUAGAUACGUCUUUAAUUUGGCAGAAUUAGCAGAACUUGUCCCCAUGGAAUAUGUUGGCAUCCCAGAGUGCAUAAAACAGUAUGAAGAAGAAAAGUUUAAAAAGAAACAGAAAAGAGUUGAUCAAGAGCUUAAUGGAAAACAAGAUGAACCAAAAAGUGAACAGUAAGUUUGGCAUCUAGUCCAAACAAGACUGAAGAAUGUGCUGAUGAAGCAAUGCUCUCUUUUGCAUUUAUAAUGCAUUUAUUGGCCCAUAUUUUUAUGUAAUCUGUUACAACAUUGACUUGACUUUUUCUUAAUGGACUUUUGUACAAGGGACUGUUCACUGCUGUACUGGUUUGCAAAUCUCUUGAAUUUAGCUCCUUAAUAGCUAACUGUAUUGUAAUCAUUUUGUAUUUUGUAGUGCUAAAUAGCAGAGAACUACACUUUAUAUAAAAGUUUUUGCAUUUGUUUAUUGAAUUAUGCAUCUUCAGUAACAUAUUUAUAUGCAUAAAUGGUAAAGGAAAGAAAUAAUAUAUAUUUUUAUGUUUUUGAGCAAUAUUUUUUAAUGUAUACCUGUCUUGUGGAAGAAUAUGCAGGUAAAUAAGACCAUGGUUUUGUAAAAUGCAUGUUAGGAUUUGUUUUAUUUUGUAAAUGGUUCAAUGCAUUUCCUGGGUAACUUAGAAAAUUAAGUUGCUUGCAAGGUGAGGGACAGUCAGACUGAUACUCAUGAAUACCCAAAGAUCAUGUGCAUAAUCUAAGUAGAUUAGUACCAUCCCCAGCUGUUGUCUAACUUAACGUGUAUUGUUCCUUAAUUCAAAAGUGCAACUUUGAGCGCAUUGCACAUUUUUUUCUUUUUUAAACUUAAAGUCUAAAAGCCAUUUUUAGAAUUAGAGGACAUAAGAGGCUAGGAAUUGGAGUUUGUAUAUAUGUAUAAAUGGGACAUUUUAUCUUCUGGCCCAAAGUCAGAACUUUAUCAAGUCUUGGUUUGUUCACUAAUGUGAAAUAAGUUGUGUGUCCAGGGUAUUGCUCUCCUCCGUGCGUGUGAGUGCUGUGGAGUUCUGCAGAGAAUGACGAGUUAUUCACUGUCACGACUUCUUCUGUAGCAAACGGGCUGCUUUUUAAACUGCUCACUGUGGGCACUUUACCAAAUACUUCCACAUCAGUUAUUUGAGCUUGGUGACUUGAUCCGUCAGAGACGGUCUGGCCUCAAUUUUCUGUUGAAUCGUCUUUGACCGUACCGUAAGUUAGGUUGAAGCAUCGUUUGGAUGUGCUGUUGUGAAUGGCACUCUGAAGAUAAGCAUAUGCACUCCUUGCUUCGUUUGAUGAGUAUGUGCACAUUCAAAUACAUUCUCCUUUGAGCUCAGUUACGUACCAAAUCAUUCAGAAACCAGAGAUGGCUCUAACGUUGUUUCCUAUCUUUGAAUGACUCAUGGAUUUGGUCAAUUUAAUACCUUCCAAAUUUGAAGGUCACACUACUCUCCAGCCCUUUGUGUGUUUUACAAAAGAUUGGCCUAGAGUGGCAACAGUUGAAAAGAAUGGGUUUGUCCUGUCUUCUCCUAAGCACAUACAUGGUAUUGUCGUUUGCUGAUGAAGUUUUUGUUACCAAAGGGAAUUUUGUCCUCCUCAGUCACAAACUUGCUGUGGCAACUUAAAUGCAAUGUGGGAGGUGCUGCAGGGCCUCAGCAGCUGUUCACGCUCUCGGCAGCUCCUGUCCUGUUGGUUACAGCAAAUUAAACCAAAACCAUCAUUGCUGACUGAAACCUGAGAAACACUGUGUUGAAGAAGUAAACUAACAGUAACAAUUUAGGCAUUCCUUCUGAAUUGACCAUGUGAAGAGUAUGAAUAAAAGAUCCUGUUUGAAUCAGUUGUGAUUAUAUUCUCUAUUUGUAGAACAUUUUUACUAGUCUUUCAUCUAAAUGUCUUCUCAAAAUGGGCUGGCCUUUUUAAUAGGUGGUUUCUCUACCACGUUAAGUGCUUGGUUCAGUUGGAGAGAUGCAAAGAGUAGUUCAACUCUGUGUUGUGUUUAUUGAUUUUUGCUUUUGCAGUCAUUGUUCCUAACUAUAGAUACAACUUAUUGCAAAAGUGAUUUUUUUCCCAAUUUUUUUAAAGGAGAAGUGGCCUGUAUUCUGUCAGAACAGUAAAACUUAGAACAAUGUUGUUACACUUGUUUUUUUUUUUUUUUAACAAAGGAGGUGUUCUGUGAAUCAUGAGAUUAAAGAAUACCUGCUUUAACCUACACCUUAGUGGAUUCUGCUAUAGGGGUGUGGCAAUAAAUGUUUCCUAACUGUAAGACAUUAAGAAAUAACUGGUAGUGUAAAGGAAAAGCAUUUAUUAAGCUUAUUUGCAAUCUGUAGUUAUGUAACAUGUUCUUAUAUUCAGUUUUAAUUUUCCAUUACUGAUAGAGGUAGAAGUACAUAUAAUUAUAUUAUUUUUAUCUUUUUCCUGGGGCCGUGGAUCUAACUUAACUGGCCAAUUAUGAUGCUUCUAUCCCUGUUUUUGUUGGAUGUAGUCUGAGUGCCCCUUUCUAGUUAGAAGUUUGUCCACUGAAGUAUGAAAUAAUUUGACUCUGUGUUCUAUUUGGUUAUCUUCCUAAGCAAGCACCAAGGAACAAUUUUAUGGACCCCACAGUUUAAGCUUAAUAGUCUGUAACUCAGAGGGGGUAUGAAGAAAUAUGAUUCUAAGUAAAGUCUAGCUACAUUCUUGGAAAAUGAAAACCUUUCUAAAGGGAUAAAGACUUAGCUAAGACCUCACUGAAUCAAUGUGUCCCUCUCAAGGGAAAUACUGUAUACGGCCGUUGGUAGCACUAUUUCUCUUAUCCAGCAGGAAAACUUGGUGGCUAUACAUAAUAUGUGAGUUAGGAGACUGCGGAUUGAAGUAGAGAACGUGAUAUCAGCUUUGAAAAGAAUCCACAUCUGCUUUGCUCUGCUUAUCCAUACAGAAGCAAGUUUGAACAGAGAGGGUUAGUAAUCACAGUGUCAGAUUAAAGGCUGAGACUGGGUUCUUCACAGUUUGUGGUCGGUAGACAUUGAUGUAGUCUUUCAAAAGGAUGUCACUAUUUAGUAACUGCACUGAAUAUUGAGCUGUGCUAAUAAUUUCUAUGGCUGGAAUCUCUUCAUAUGCGAUUACAGUAUUUUAAAAGGUAAGGGAUCUGCUUUUUUGAUAGAGCCUUUUUUCAAAUGACUCAGCAUUAUUAUGUGGCUGUUGAAACAGUGAGAGCUCAGGGAAUUUGGGAAAGUGUUCAACCUAAUGCAGACGCGGCUUGCUACAUUUCUUUAGUUGGUACAUGAGUUAGCAUUAGGAUGUGUAUCUGGUAGAACACUACAGUGUCUUGUUGAAGUAGGCAAAACUGUAUGCGAGGUGGUGGUAGAGUCAUCCUUUUCCCAUGUUGUAUGUAGAAAAUAACGUAAGGUAACUCAGUGUGGUGAGGUGAGGAGAUAAGCUGAAAAGGGAUUGUUAUACACUUGGUUUUUUGCCUAUAUUUUUUCCCCCAUCCUAUACAUGUAUUUCAGAAGUGGAUCACAAAUAAAUCUUGGAGGGAUGGAGUAAAUAGCAGAAUUAAAGUACUUAGAAGUUAAUACUGUUUUGCUGUUCAAGAGUUUAUUUUGUGGGGAAUAAUUGUGUAGCUUGAGUUUCUUAGGGCACGAACUUCGUGGGAAGGCUGAUUGUGGAGGGAAAGGAGUUAUUAUCUACUUGAGGUUCUAAGGUAGUGCAAAAGAACUGCCUGAGGGACCAAUCACUCGCUUCUCCGUUACAGAGAUUCCCAAAAAGCCUGGAUCAGUACUGAGGCCCAGUCAUGUAACUUUCCUUUUAAGUUCUAAAUGUUAAUUGAAAAUAAAGUAGUAUGGUCACAGUAAAAAGCAAUACUAAAUUUUGAAUAGAACAGUUUAUUGCAACUAUAUAUAAUAGAUCUUAAUUUCAUUUUCUUUGAGAGUAAAUUUUAAAAUGCCAUGAAAAUUCACAUAAAGCACUUAACAGAUGAAGUACCAGAUGAAAACCAAGAGUUUAAUGCUUCAGACUUGCAAUUUCAAUUCGCAUUUCACUUAGCAAAGGAAGAACUUGGAAAAUACAGCAUCAGCUAUGCCACUGCACACUGCACUUUUUUGUGUGCAGAUUAUGCGAAGUUUAAUGCCCUUUUAAGAGUUGCUUAAUUUUUUAUUUGCAUAAACCCAGUUAGUAAAUAUCAGUGAUGUUCAGGGCCGCUGACUAGCAGUCUUGUCCAUAUAGAACACAGGUCAGAGUUUGUUAGACACUAACGCACUUUGAUACGUAUUUCAGAGAUGUUUUUGUUACCACAGGUUCACAAGCUGCUGUGUAGCCAAAAGUACUGUGAUCAUUUUACAGCUGGUAGGAUAGUGUUGCCCAGCCCAGUACUGUCAUUUCACAGUGUGAGAAAUUCAGUUUUGAUGUCUGUGUGUGCAAGAUGUCGAUGUGGUCCCUUUAAGAAAUACUAAGGUUGGUCAUGAUUUACUAAGGUGAUGUAAUAUUUUCUUUUCCUUUGACCUGUUAGGAAUGCAAUCACUUGUGUCUUGAUUUGUUGCACAUCAUAUUUUUGCAGCAUUCAUGAACUUAAAUAAAUUAAUUGGAAAGUU